AUGACCUUGCUCGCACUCAAAGAAGAUCGGCCAACGCCUUCUGCCGUCUACAACUGGCGUGUCUACGCAUGUGCCGCUACAGCAUCCUUUGCAUCAUGCAUGAUUGGCUACGACUCGGCCUUCAUCGGGACAACUCUGGCCCUUCCGUCCUUUGUCGAUGAGUUCAAUUUUGCGAGCUACUCCCCGUCGUCGUUGGCGUUGCUUAAACAAAACAUUGUUUCUGUUUAUCAAGCAGGGGCUUUCUUUGGCAGCUUGGGAGCCUAUGCAUCCAGCUAUUUUCUGGGGCGUCGCAAGUCGCUGGUCUUGUUCACCCUGGUCUUCAUCGUUGGAGCAGCGAUGAUGCUGGGUGCGAAUGGUGACCGCGGUACUGGACUCAUAAUUGGCGGCCGGGUCCUCGCUGGCUUCGGGGUUGGCGGUUGCUCAAACAUGACACCAAUUUACAUUUCAGAGCUAUCACCACCCGCAGUGCGAGGUCGUCUGGUCGGCAUUUACGAACUCGGUUGGCAAAUCGGCGGCCUUGUAGGUUUCUGGAUUAACUAUGGUGUUAACACGACAAUGGCUCCGAGCCACUCGCAAUGGCUUAUUCCUUUUGCGGUUCAACUGAUUCCGGCUGGUUUGCUUCUUAUUGGCUGUUUUUUUAUUCCCGAAUCACCUAGAUGGUUAUUUUCCAAGGGCAAACGCGACCAGGCCAUGAAGGUGCUGUGCUGGAUGCGGCAACUCCAGCCCACAGACAUUUACAUUGUCGAAGAAGUCAGUUACAUUGAUGAGGAGACGGAACGGUAUCGCCGAGAGGUUGGCGCCGGGUUUUGGAAGCCAUUCCUGGCCCUCAAACAGAAGCGAACCCAGUGGAGAUUCCUUCUCGGAGCGCUGCUUUUUGUGUUUCAGAACGGCUCGGGCAUCAAUGCCAUCAACUACUAUAGCCCAACAGUUUUCCGUAGCAUUGGAAUCACGGGGACAAACACAAGUUUCCUUACUACCGGCAUCUUUGGUGUCGUUAAAACAGCUCUUACCGUUGUCUGGAUUCUAGUCCUCAUCGACCACAUGGGACGACGCAACCUGCUGAUGGUUGGUGCACUGGGCGGGUCUAUCUGCAUGUGGUUCAUCGGUGCAUAUAUCAAGAUUGCUGGAGCCGAUCCCAAGAGCUCCAGUGGCAAUUUGAGCUCUGGCGGCAUUGCUGCCAUUUUCUUCUUCUACCUCUGGACGGCCUUCUAUACUCCGUCAUGGAAUGGAACUCCGUGGGUCAUCAACUCGGAAAUGUUUGACCAGAAUACGCGAUCUCUUGGGCAGGCGAAUGCAGCUGCCAACAAUUGGUUCUGGAACUUCAUCAUUGCCAGGUUCACUGAGCAAAUGUUCAACGCAUGGGGCUACGGGGUGUAUUUUUUCUUCGCGUCUCUGAUGCUGCUCUCAGUCGUCUUCGUUUUCUUCUGCGUGCCCGAGACAAAGGCGCUGCCUUUGGAGGCCAUGGACCGACUCUUCAGGAUCAAGCCUACUUGGCGCGCAAAUACCAUAUUGAUGGAGGAGCUGCGCGCGGAGGAAGAGAACUUUCGUCACAAUGCGGAUGGUGUCGGGUUAGAGGUGGAAAAGAUUGAAACAGAACAGGUUGAGUCGAGCAGUGGUUCUGUUCCAAAGGUUUGA